AGAUCCUCGUCUCCUUCGUCCAGAUUGUCAUCGUCACCGCGGGUGCGUCUUGCGCCAUGUCCUCACGCGCUUCCGCACGCGGCAAGGCCGCCGCCAACCUCUCACAACAAUCGGCGACCCGGGAGAAGAAGGGCCGCCACAUGGCCAGCAAGAAGAGGAAGGUCCUUGAAAGCGCCCCGGCACAUGGAGGUUACGUGCUGGAUGAGGAGUGGGUGCCGGAGGACGUGGCGACGCAGGAGGGGACGGAUUUCGAAGACUCUGACGACAUGCCAUUGCAGCGGAAGUCGUCCAGGCGGGGGACUGGCGGCAUCCGCAUAGACGACGCUGGCAAAAGACGACGCGCAGGAGGGCGGCCAGCACCGGAAGACGUCGUCGACGUUGACGCCGCGACGAGAGCCAAAGAGGGCGGGGGAAAUCCCGUGCCACUGCCACGGAUGGUGGCGAGGGCAGGCUACGCAGCAGGGGGGGGGGGAUCAAACGCAGGGGAAGGGGCGACGGCAGGGGUGAAGGCAGGCGAUGUCGCGGGGGAGGGGGACGACGACGACCCAUUGGUGAAAGGGCUGCGCCAGCGGAAUACGCGGGAAGUAAUGGAGGUGGCGACAAAGUUGUGGGUGGAUGACCUCCGCUUCUGGAACGAGAGGGAGGGAUUUGCCAUCGUCAAGUUGAUCGCGGAGGCGCCCGGUUAUCUUGUGGUUGUGGCGCGGGGAGAGCAGCCUCCGCCCAUUCGUCGCAGCAUCGCCUUGCCUCACAACAGCAUCCCGCAGCACAAGAUCGCGGACGAGUCGGAGUUAAACGCUGCGAAGGAGAGGGCGCUGAAGGUUAAGGGGAUCGCUUUGAGGGUGAUACACAGGUGGGUCUUCAAGUCUCAGAACAGGCAAAGGGGGUACCACGGGGCGUACCAGCACGCACUCAACCACGAGGCCACCGACAUCGCUCGCGCGAUGUGGAUGAGGGAGGACUGGCGUUAUUGUGUGAGUCCGAUCGUCAUCCACCACACGCUGGACAUGGAUAUGAAGCUGCCUUUGUGGUUCGUGGGCGCCGACGUCGAAGACAGGCACGAGGACAACGGCUUGGCGGCUUAUCAGGAGGCGAGCAUCCAGCGACUGGUGGGGGCUUUCAUGAGUGCCGUGAUCAUUGCGGAGGUGACGGACGGCGGUCGUGUAUCGCACGAAAGGUUGAAGACCAUGGCCGACGCGAUGCGGAUGAUGCUCGUGGCGACCAUGUGGCUCAUGCGGAUGGCGGGUGAUGAUCAUCGCGCGCAUUACGACGCCUGGGUCUUCGUCCAACUCACAAUGAAGCCGACGCUCGUCGCAUCCAUGCAUCGCUGCUUCGACGCGCGUCGGCUCAUCGUGCUAGCUGCGACCGUAAUCACCGACAAGUUGGCGAGUCACCCCAUCACUUUGAUCGACCCUCCAAUGUAUGUUCUCAACUGGGCAUCCAUCGGCGUGAAGUUCUCACACGACGCCACACUGUUUUCCCCGAUGGAGGCGAAGAAGGUGGAUUGGUUCGGCACAGGCCUCCCGUAAGAUGAAGACGACAGGAAAGGCAACGAACAGGGAAGCGGGGGCGGUCGAUGACGCCUUUUAGUCGU